AUGCCAUCGUUUGGAGGAGCUGAAAAAUGUCCACGAUGUCAAAAAUCAGUCUAUUUUGCCGAAGAAGUUCGUGCAUUGGGUAAAAAAUGGCAUAAGAUGUGUUUAAAAUGCAGUAGUUGUAAUAAAAUGUUAGACAGUACUAAUUGUAACGAUCAUGAUGAAGAUAUUUUCUGUACCGCCUGUCAUCGUAAACAUUUCGGACCCAAAGGUUACGGUUUUGCUGGAGGGUCGUCAGGGUUGUCAAUGGAUACAGGAAAACGUAAUGAAUUAACAAGAGAUAAUGUAUCGUCGUAUGAUAAGGCCCAGUCUGGGGUAGCGAUUGGAGCUAGUGGGGACAAUAAAAAUGGUUUUGGUUCGACUGACCGCUGUCCAAGAUGUGGUCAUGCUGUUUAUAUGGCAGAGAAGGUUAUUGGAGGGGGACAGUCGUAUCAUAAAGCAUGUUUUAGAUGUGGUAACUGUAAGAAAGGUUUAGAUUCUACUACUAUCGCUGUUCACGAAGGAGAGAUCUACUGUAGAGGGUGUUAUAGUAAGAAUUUUGGUCCGAAAGGUUUUGGGUUUGGUGCAGCACUGCAACAUACAGAAUAG